AUGUUACCACAACUUCAGCCGUUAGUCCGGCUACUCUCGCUCGCGUUGGCAACAGUGUUACUGGCUCGCGGUGCAACAACUGACAGGGAAAUCAGACCGGAGGUAUGGCUGCAGCAGUACGGUUAUCUCCCUCUCGGUGAUGUCAGGGCACAGGCUAUCCGUUCUCCUAAGUCCAUCAGUUCCGCUAUUUCUGCCAUGCAAAAAUUCUACGGCCUCACUGUCACUGGGAACCUGGAUGCCGACACAAUGGUGGCGAUGAAGCGGCCGCGGUGUGGCGUGCCGGAUAAGUUCGGCUCGGAGAUGAAGACCAACCUGAGGAGGAAACGUUACGUGAUUCAGGGGCUGAAAUGGGACAAGAGAGAAAUCACCUUCAGCAUACAGAACUACACUCCGAAGAUUGGAGAGCGGGCCACAUACGAGGCGAUCCGAAAGGCCUUUAAGGUUUGGGAGAGUGUCACGCCGCUCAAAUUCCGAGAGAUCCCGUACAGUCAAAUCAGGGGCAAAGUGGACAAGUACGCCGACAUCAUGCUCUUAUUCGCUGAGGGUUUCCACGACGACAGCACACCCUUUGAUGGCGAGGGCGGGUUCCUGGCCCACGCAUACUUCCCCGGUCAUGGGAUAGGGGGCGACACACAUUUUGACAGCGCCGAACCUUGGACGACCGGCAACGUGGACCAAGGAGGUAACGAUGUGUUCCUAGUGGCGGUUCACGAGCUGGGCCACGCCCUCGGCCUGGAACAUUCCGGCGAUCCCUCAGCUAUCAUGGCUCCGUUCUACCAGUGGAUGGACACCGAGAACUUUGUUCUGCCUGACGACGAUCGCCGUGGAAUCCAGCAGAUUUACGGUUCUAGAUCAGGAGAAGAACCUGUCCCCCGCCCCCCGGCCCCUCGGCCCACACGAAAACCCACCAGACCCUCUCAAGGCCCCGACAUUUGCGAGGGACACUUUGACACCAUCGCCAUCCUGAGAGGAGAGAUGUUUGUGUUCAAGGACAAAUGGCUUUGGCGGGUUCGUGAGAAUAAAGUCCUGCAGGGUUACCCCAUGCCCAUCUCGCACUUCUGGAAAGGUCUAUCAGGUCCCAUCAAUGCCGCCUAUGAGCGCUCCGAUGGAAAGUUUGUCUUCUUUAAGGGUGACCGUUAUUGGGUGUUUAGUGAAUCCAGUAUGGAGCAGGGAUAUCCUAAAUCCCUGAAAGAACUGGGCACUGGUCUUCCCAAAGACAAACUGGAUGCAGCUCUGUUGUACACACCGACGGGCAUGACAUACUUCUUCAGGGGAAACAAAUAUUACCGUUUCGAUGAGAUCAAGCAGUCGGUGGAGGCAGACUAUCCCAAACCCAUCAGUGUCUGGAAGGGUGUACCUGACAACAUCAGAGGAGCUAUCAUGAGCGAUGAUGGAGCUCACACGUACUUCUACAAAGCCAACAAAUACUGGAAAUUCAACAACCAGCAGCUGAGGGUGGAGUCAGGUUACCCCAAGUCCGUUCUCACUGGCUGGAUGGGCUGCGAUGCGGAGGAGCCUAAGAAAGGCAGGACCAGCGAGGAAGAAAUCAUCAUCGAGUUUGAGGAGACAGAGGGCGGGGUCGUGAAGGCGGCGGCCGUGGUGGUCCCUCUUUUCUUAUUGGCCUGCGUUCUGUGCACUCUGGGAGCUCUGUUGUUCUUCCGUCGCUACGGCACUCCGAGACGCCUCUUGUACUGUCACAGGUCUCUACUGGACAAGGUCUAGAGAUGGAAAGGAAGAGGGAGAGGGAGAGAGAGAG